GCGCCUCUAGCAGUUGUCAUGGCAACCCAUGCCCGGCUCUCCCAGGGGCGGUGCCAACCCUGCUCUCCCCCCUCUUUCUUCCCCCUCCCUCCGUGUCCCUCCCUCCUUUGUCAGCUGCGCCCCUGACCGGGAUGGCUGCGAAGAGAGGGACCAAGACGAGCAUGAAGAACAUGGAGAAGGAACUGCUGUGUCCAGUGUGCCAAGAGAUGUACAAGCAGCCACUGGUGCUGCCCUGUACCCACAACGUGUGCCAGGCCUGUGCCCGAGAGGUGCUAGGCCAGCAGGGCUAUGUAGGCCAUGGCGGGGACCCCAGCUCGGAACCUACCUCUCCUGCCUCCACCCCUUCCACCCGAAGUCCCCGCCUCUCUCGCAGAACUCUCCCCAAGCCAGACCGCUUGGACCGGCUGCUUAAGUCAGGCUUUGGGACAUACCCCGGGCGGAAGCGAGGAGCGCUGCACCCCCAGGUGAUCACGUUCCCCUGCCCAGCCUGCCAGGGCGACGUGGAGCUGGGGGAGCGAGGCCUGGCAGGCCUGUUCCGGAACCUGACCCUGGAACGUGUGGUAGAGCGCUACCGCCAGAGUGUGAGUGUGGGCGGUGCCAUCCUGUGCCAGCUGUGCAAGCCCCCGCCACUAGAGGCCACCAAGGGCUGCACCGAGUGCCGCGCCACCUUCUGCAACGAGUGCUUCAAGCUCUUCCACCCAUGGGGCACCCAGAAGGCCCAGCAUGAGCCCACUCUGCCCACCCUCUCCUUUCGCCCCAAGGGCCUCAUGUGCCCAGACCACAAGGAAGAGGUGACUCACUACUGCAAGACAUGCCAACGGCUGGUGUGCCAACUCUGCCGGGUGAGGCGCACCCACAGUGGGCACAAGAUCACACCGGUGCUCAGCGCCUACCAGGCCCUCAAGGACAAACUGACAAAGAGCCUGACAUACAUCCUAGGAAACCAGGACACAGUACAGACCCAGAUCUGUGAGCUGGAGGAGACCGUGAGGCACGCUGAGGUGAGUGGUCAGCAGGCCAAGGAAGAGGUAUCCCAGCUGGUUCGGGGGCUGGGGGCUGUGCUGGAGGAGAAGAGGGCAUCGCUGCUUCAGGCCAUAGAGGAAUGCCAGCAGGAGCGGCUAGCCCGUCUCAGCGCCCAGCUCCAGGAGCACCGGAGCCUGCUGGAUGGCUCAGGUCUGGUGGGCUACGCCCAGGAGGUCCUUAAAGAAACAGACCAGCCUUGCUUUGUACAAGCAGCCAAGCAGUUACAUAACAGGAUUGCCCGAGCUACAGAGGCCCUCCAGACUUUCCGGCCAGCCGCCAGCUCUUCCUUCCGCCAUUGCCAGCUAGACGUGGGACGUGAGAUGAAACUGCUGACAGAGCUUAACUUCCUUCGAGUGCCCGAGGCUCCAGUCAUCGACACCCAGCGCACCUUCGCCUACGACCAGAUCUUCCUGUGCUGGAGGCUGCCUCCCCACUCGCCGCCUGCCUGGCACUACACCAUCGAGUUCCGGCGCACGGAUGUGCCCGCCCAGCCAGGCCCCACCCGUUGGCAGCGGCGGGAGGAGGUGAGGGGCACCAGCGCCUUGCUGGAGAACCCCGACACAGGCUCUGUGUACGUGCUGCGUGUCCGUGGCUGCAACAAGGCGGGCUAUGGCGAGUACAGUGAGGAUGUGCACCUGCACACCCCCCCGGCACCCGUCCUUCACUUCUUCCUGGAUGGCCGCUGGGGCAGCAGCCGAGAGAGGCUGGCCAUCAGCAAGGACCAGCGAGCUGUGCGGAGCAUUCCAGGGCUGCCCCUGCUCUUGGCUGCUGAGCGGCUGCUCACUGGCUGCCACCUGAGUGUGGAUGUGGUCCUGGGCGACGUAGCCGUGACGCAGGGCCGCAGCUACUGGGCCUGCGCGGUGGACCCAGCCUCCUACUUGGUCAAGGUGGGCGUCGGACUGGAGAGCAAGCUUCAGGAAAGCUUCCAGGGUGCCUCAGAUGUGAUCAGCCCCAGGUACGACCCGGACAGCGGACACGACAGCGGGGCCGAGGACACCACGGUGGAGGCGUCGCCACCCUUUGCUUUCCUCACCAUUGGCAUGGGCAAGAUCCUCCUGGGGUCCGGGGCCAGCUCAAAUGCAGGGCUGACGGGCAGGGAUGGCCCGGCCGCCGGCUGCACAGUGCCCCUGCCGCCCCGCCUGGGCAUCUGCCUGGACUACGAGCAGGGCCGGGUCUCUUUCCUGGAUGCUGUGUCCUUCCGCGGGCUUCUGGAGUGCCCCCUGGACUGCUCGGGGCCCGUGUGCCCUGCCUUCUGCUUCAUCGGCGGUGGUGCUGUGCAGCUGCAGGAGCCGGUGGGCACUAAGCCCGAAAGGAAGGUCACCAUCGGGGGCUUCGCCAAGCUGGACUGACCGUCGCACGCCCUGCCUGGGCCCUGGCCCUGCAAGCUUCCUGGAGCCGGGUUAUUCCUCCGGCAGCUUUUCCCUCAAACUUUUCCUACCGUGUGGUCCUGUCCUUCACCUCAUGUCUCUGUCUUCCCAGGACCUUCUCUUGACCCAGGGACACUCCUCUGCUCACCUCUCUGGGUGUCCCCCUUUUUCCCCCAUCGCCUGUUAGCCCAGACCGCCAACCCACCAAGUUUCUGCUCCAUGCUCUGCCCUUGGUAUCUCACCCAAGUCAUGGAGGGAACCCCUUCUCUGGCCACUGCCCUGUGCUCCUCCUCAGGCCAGUUGGGAGAGAAGCUCCUGGAACCCUGGGCAUGAUCUGCAGCCGUGCCCUGCCGAGCGCCCUGCUGCACUGAUGCGGACCUGCAGCCGCAGAGCCGGAGGCUCUCUGGUGGGACACCGCCCGUGCAGUCCCUGGGGAGGGGAAGGGCCCUACCCUUUGUUCAUGUGGGUCCCCGUGCCCUUCCGCCGCAUGCCUCUGACGUUCCCCUUCCCCCUCCUGCAUGCUGUACUUGCCCCGCACCCAUGCCAACCUGCCGAGUCUCCUCCUGGGGCCCCGGUGGAGACUGGAUGUCCGCACUGGGUUGGGCCAGGCAGGACCUCUGGUGCCCACUGCUGCCCCCUUGCAGUAGGGACUGCUAGGUCUGUGCCAAGCAACAGCUGUCGUUUUCACGGUUUAUAAACAAUAAACUGUGGUGCCAGGCCUGUCUCUGCCUUCCCUGA